UAAUGGGGGGAGGGGCAAAAAGACCAGACCACACCAUAGGGCCGGAGGCUGAGGUGAGGGGAGAUGGAACCCUGGAGACAAAAGAGGUAAAGAACUCAACGCCUGGCAUGUUUGAAACGGAAUCGAGGACAGGAAAGGGGGUCUUAGAGAUGAGGUGGAGCUGGAGAGAAUAAGCAACAGAUGUGGGAGUUAAGGAGAAAGGGAGAAACCAGAAAGAGACCAACCAAGUAAAAGUGGCAGCAAGUGGAGAGCUGAUGGAGAAUGAGGAGAAGGAAUGAGCUGAGGAAGGAACACAGCGCCAAGAGAUCCAGAGCUGUGCGUGCUGAAAGGAGGACGGAGAAAAAAAGACAAGCACCUGGACCCAGAGAGGGGCAGGGGCUGAGCCCAGCUGAGCUCUUGUCGGGAGGAGCUAGCAAGGGGAGGCUGGAGGAUGAGAGGAGGGUCCCUGGGAAUGAUUGGCGAAACAGCUCGCCCAUCACCUCCCCUACUUCCUGGCCAGCCCCGGAAGCCAGCGGGCGUUCGGGAGGGGUAGGGGGGAAUAGCAGCAGCAGCAGCAGCAGCCCCAGCCCUUAGAGAGAGAGAGCAGGGAGGGAGCUUGGGGUACAACACCCCAUCAUUCGUACCGCUAUGGGCCCAGCCUCCCACUCCCACCUCCCCUCCAUCGGCCGGGGCUAGGACACCCCCCAAUCCCGUCGCCCCCUUGGCACCGACACCCCGACAGAGGCAGAGACACAGCCAGCCGCCACCACCGCUGCCGCAGCCUGGCUGGGGAGGGGGCCAGCCCUCCAGGCCCCCCACCCCACUGAGGCGGCCAGAAUGGAGCUGUGGCCAGGGGCAUGGACAGUGUUGCUGCUGCUCUUCCUGUUGCUGCUCUUUCUGCUGCCCGCCCUGUGGUUCUGCAGCCCCAGUGCCAAGUACUUCUUCAAGAUGGGCUUCUACAACGGCUGGAUCCUCUUCCUGGCUGUGCUCGCCAUCCCUGUGUGUGCCGUGCGAGGACGCAAUGUCGAGAACAUGAAGAUCUUGCGUCUGAUGCUGCUCCACAUCAAAUACCUGUAUGGAAUCCGGGUGGAGGUGCGAGGGGCCCACCACUUCCCUCCGUCACAGCCCUACGUCGUCGUCUCCAAUCACCAGAGCUCCCUUGACCUACUUGGAAUGAUGGAGGUCCUGCCUAGCCGCUGUGUGCCCAUUGCCAAGCGCGAGCUGCUGUGGGCUGGCUCUGCUGGGCUGGCCUGCUGGCUGGCAGGAGUCAUCUUCAUCGACCGGAAGCGCACAGGGGAUGCCAUCAAUGUCAUGUCUGAGGUGGCCCAGACCCUGCUUACCCAGGAUGUGCGGGUCUGGGUUUUUCCUGAGGGAACAAGAAACCACAACGGUUCUAUGCUGCCCUUCAAACGUGGCGCCUUCCACCUUGCAGUCCAGGCCCAGGUUCCCAUUGUCCCCAUAGUCAUGUCCUCCUACCAAGACUUCUACUGCAAGAAGGAGCGCCGCUUCACCUCCGGGCGAUGUCAAGUACGAGUGCUGCCCCCAGUGCCCACAGAAGGCCUGAUACCAGAUGACGUCCCAGCGCUGGCUGACAGAGUCCGGCACUCCAUGCUCACAGUUUUCCGAGAAAUCUCCACCGAUGGCCGGGGUGGUGGUGACUAUCUGAAGAAGCCUGGGGUGGUGGCCGAGGCCCAGCUGUGAGCUCCCCUUGCACCUACCCUACCUUCCUCCCCACACCUACCAACCCAGUGGGCCCUGCAGUGGGGACCAGCCCUUUUUCUCAUUCCACCCCCCCCCCCCACCUGUUCAUCUCUUUGGAAUCUUCAACUUCUGAAGUGAAAGUGGAUACAGUGCCGUUCCCUGCCCCUUCCCAGCCCCACCCGUGGGCUCUCUUGCCUUGGUGCAGUCUCUACUCUGACCCCACCUCCUGCCAUCUUGUCUGUGGAACAGUUGCCUCCUCCCAUCUCGAGUGGCUCAGCCUACACAAGGGUGGUGAACAUUCCAUCCUGUCCCCAGCGGACACUCUUCCUUUGUGGUCUUCUCUCCCUCUCCACUCCACAUUGGUCAGUGGACUCAUCCACUCUAUGGAACAGAUCCCUUACACCCCAAGUCCAUGAAUUCAAUGGACUCAUCUGUUUGUGAGGAGGACUCCUCACCCUGUGGCUGGAAGCUGUUACUUCCAACUGCUCCUGGAACAAUCCUCCCAGGCUCAUCCUCACCACCACCCCUUGGAGCCUCCUGUCAGUGGGGGCUGGACUCUUGUAACUCAGAGGUCUCAUCCUGGCCUUUGCCCAGAUGCCUAGGGUCACGUACACUUCUGGAUGCACACGCUCCCCCCACCCCCAUCCCUCCCACCCCGCCCUGCCCUAUCACCGUGGUACAGUUCUUCAGUGAUCCUGGACCCACCCAGCCCCCUGCAGCCUCACGGUACUAUUCCAACCAGACACAAGAGGAAGAGGCAGACAUCAGGUGCUGCACUCACUUCUGCUCCCUGGAGAGUUGGGGAAGAAACUGAGCCCUGGCUGGAGGGGAUAGGAGGGCUUUUUAAUUUAUUUCUCUUUCUUUUGAGGCUUUCCCUCUCUGGGUCAGUUUUCAUUUCCUUGGUGUGGCAUUAACCACACCCUGCCACCCACCCCAGACACGUGCCCACAAUCAGGGAGGUGGGCUCGGAGCAAAAGGAGAGGGUGGGACACGGUUUUGUGUGACUGGUUUUUAUUAAUUAUCUGGUUAAUAGCAAGAAACCAAGAAUAAAGAGAGAGAGAGAUCUGGGCA